GCUUUGGACUAAAUGCUUUGGAAAAGACCUUCUCUGGUGGAAACGUCUGGACCGAAAUGAGCCAUCCAAGAACGUUCAGGCCACAUUUGCCACUUGACAAAAACCUCACUAGUCCUCAUGAUGACGGGACAGUGUGACAAUUGGAGGAAAGCUCUGGCAUUCGGUGACUCUCUGCGGCUUGGAAAGAUCUCUGGCAUUUCCUGUUCCUCCGCUUACCUGCUUACCUGCCCCUCAUAAGUAUUCACUUCCCUCCUUCUGGAUUCUUAUUCCGUUUUCGUGGCCAGGGAUGGUGUCAGAAGAGACAAGAGCAUCUUUAAACCAGAGGCCACAGAAGCGAGACCCAGCCAUGGCGCCCUCCUCCUCCCCCUCCUCCCCGCUGCUGCUCCUGCUGCUGCUGGCGGCCUGCCUGGCGGCGCCGGCCCGGGCGGAGAGCUACCAGAAGUUCCUGCGGGAGCACUCCGACUUCCCGCCCACCGAGGUCCCCGAGCGGCGGCUCUACUGCGACCUGCUGAUGCAGCGCCGCCGCCUGGCCACGCCGCACCACUGCAAGCACCUCAACACCUUCGUGCACGCCGAGCCCGCCCGGCUCAUCGACGUCUGCGGCGAGGGCGGCGAGGCCACCACGGGCGACCUGCGGGAGAGCGCCGACCGCUUCCCGCUCACCCUCUGCCGCCUGCGCCAGGGCUCGUGGGCGCCCGACUGCCGCUACGAGGUGGCCGGCGGCCUGGAGAAGAUCGUCAUCGCCUGCGAGGGGGGCUUCCCCGUCCACCUGGAGACCGAAGUCCCCCAGUAGCUCUGGGGGCCGCCGGUGACGGAGGAGGCAAAUAAAACGCAUUGGAUUG